AGUAAUUCUCUGUAGUAGUUUUUAGACUGAUUCAGCACCCGAAUAACCCGAACUCUUGCUCCUGUCCGGCUUGCGUCGUGAGACAUGCCUCUAUGGAUGCAACUUCGCCCCUGACGCCCGAAUCAGCCCAACAACGCGGCGGGGCUACCUCUUCCUCUGCCGCUGGGCCUAGAAGAGCCCACCAAAAGAGCCGCCUUGGCUGCAAGACGUGCAAGUCAAGGAAAAUCAAAUGCGACGAGCAAAAGCCAGCAUGUGGCAACUGUAUCAGACAUCAUGUCCAGUGCGACUUCGUCGAAACUUCGGCGGCACCGUCUCGCUCUCCAAGCACGAGUUUUCUAGAUUUGAAUAUGGACCAACUAGAACUACUUCACAAUUAUACCACAAGCACUUACGCCACGCUUUCUGAGAGCCCCGUCAUUCGGGACUUCUACCGGAUCACUGUGGUCCAGAUUGGUCUAGAAUGCGACUACGUCAUGAGAUCUCUCCUGGCCGUAUCGAGCCUUCAGUUGGCUUAUUAUCGACCGCAUAUGAGAGAGCAUUACCGGUCGACAGCGGUGCAUCAUCACGAGAUCGCCUCUAGGAUUGCUGGUAACCUAAUGCAGGAUCUAAACGCGUCCACGGUCGAGAAACUGUUUCUAUUCUCCACGUUGACUGUUUUCUAUGCCUUCGGGUGCCCACGACGCGACGACCAACUUCACCUAGUCGGCGAGAGCGAUAUCCCCAACUGGUUCUUCCUGCACCAAGGCACCCGUGCCUUGUCCGAGCUUGCGAGCACACGAUUAGAUGGGGCUCUGGCCCCUAUUUUUCAACAUGGCAUCGAUCGCUGGCAAGCACGAGAAGUUUCCCGGCAAACCGUAUCCCCUGUGCACCAGCAUCUCGACAGGCUGCAGACCUCGAUCGAGCGCAGCGAGCCAGACGCAGCACUUCGAAAUACGUAUAUAAAUGCAAUCUCAGAGUUGCGUAAAUCGUUUCUAUCUAUGGAAUGUGGGCGCGGUCAGGCCUAUGAAGUGACGGACAUCUUCAUCUGGGUUUUCGUGGUCGGCGAUGAUUUCGUGCCGUUACUUCGCGUGCCGACGCAAAGCGCCGUGACCAUCUUAGCAUUCUUCUGUGUCUUGUUAAGGGGUUUGAAGAGUCAAUGGUGGUUAAAUGGCUGGGCAGACUAUCUGAUGGCAAAAUCGUAUGCAUUGCUGGACAGAGAGCAUCGCCUUUGGAUUCAAUGGCCGAUGGAGGAAAUUGGAUACAUCCCGUAAUUAAUCGUACAUGGAUCACGUCAACAACAAAAUACUAGCACAUUAUUUCGUGAGGGCUGCCUCACAAAGAAGAUGUAUCCAUAAGUAAUUCAUAUACAGCGAUUAAAUUCUAUUAUGA